UCCCGGAUUUUUACGAUGCAGGUGCGACAGGUUGUGGACUACCCUGUAGACCUGUACUAUCUGAUGGACCUGUCCUACUCGAUGAAUGAUGACCUGACACAGCUGAGGAGCCUGGGAAAAGGUCUGGCGGAGGAGAUGAGUAAAACCACCAGUAAUCUGCGGAUGGGUUUCGGUGCGUUUGUGGACAAACCCUUAUCUCCCUACAUGUACAUCUCUCCACCAGAGGCUGUCAAAAACCCAUGCUACUCGAUCCCUUACAAAUGCCAACCACAGUUUGGCUACAGACACGUCCUGUCUCUGACCGAGGAGGUCAGUCGCUUCACAGAGGAAGUGAAGAAGCAGAAAGUGUCUCGGAACAGAGAUGCCCCCGAGGGCGGCUUCGAUGCCAUCAUACAGGCAGCUGUAUGCAAGGAGAGGAUCGGUUGGCGGCCUGGUGCUUCUCACCUGCUUGUGUUCACCACAGAUGCAAAAACUCACGUCGCACUGGACGGCCGCUUGGCUGGAAUCGUGCAGCCGAAUGAUGGCGAGUGUCACAUCGGUGAAGAUAACCUGUACAACAUGUCCACGACGUUGGACUACCCGUCUUUGGCCCUGAUCACCGAGAAAAUGUCAGAAAACAACAUCAAUCUUAUAUUUGCUGUGACCAGUCCUGUACUGCCACUGUAUAAGAAUUACAGUGAUUUGAUUCCUGGUACUGCAGUAGGUACUCUGUCACAGGACUCACGCAAUGUAAUCCAGCUGAUCCAAGACGCCUACGCUAAAAUUCGCUCCAAGGUGGAGCUGGAGCUCCUGAAUGUUCCAGAAGAAUUAAGUCUGUCCUUUAAUGCCACCUGUUUGAACAACGAAGUGAUCCCUGGACUCCGGUCCUGCUCUGGACUGAAGAGAGGAGACCAAGUUUCCUUCAGCGUUGAGGUCCGUGCCCGAGGCUGCCCACAAGAAAAGACCAAGACUUUCACCAUCAAGCCCGUGGGCUUCAAAGACACUCUCGAGAUCACUGUGGAAUUCGAGUGCGAGUGCAAAUGCCAAGCGAACGGCCAGCCCGACAGCCCCGUGUGCCACCAAGGGAACGGGACCUACGAGUGCGGGAUCUGCCUGUGCCACCCGGGACGACUGGGCCCCAGGUGUGAGUGCGCCGAGGGUGACUACAGCCUCACCGAGCAGGACAUGUGCAGCGGGCCCAACCAGGCGGUGUGCAGCGGGCGGGGGGACUGCGUGUGCGGGCAGUGUGUGUGCCACAAUAACGACUUCGGCAAGGUUUGGGGAAAGAGGUGCGAGUGCGACGACUUCAGCUGCCUGCGCUAUAAAGGAGAGCUGUGCUCAGGUCAUGGCACGUGCUCGUGCGGCUUCUGCCAGUGUAACCCGGAUUGGUCUGGUGAGAACUGUAACUGCUCCACCCGUACGGACACCUGCAUGUCCAGCCUGGGGUUGUUGUGUAGCGGGCGUGGUCAGUGUGUGUGUGGUAGCUGUGAAUGCACACAGCCCGGGGCUUAUGGGUCCACCUGUGAUAAGUGUCCCACCUGUCCUGACGCCUGCACUAUGAAGAAGGAUUGUGUGGAGUGUAAGCAUUUUCAGAGAGGCAGGCUCUUCGAAGAGGAGAGCUGUGCUCGGAUUUGCAGAGAUGAAAUCGUACUGGUCGAUGAUCUGGUUUUUCAUGAUAAGAACGCAGUAAAUUGCACCUAUAAGGACGAGGACGAUUGUGUCCAGAGGUUCCAGUACUACGAGGACAACAGUGGGAAAUCUAUUCUGUCUGUGGUGAAGGAGCCAGACUGCCCUAAAGGCCCCGACAUCCUGGUGGUGCUGCUCUCCGUUGCCGGAGCUGUACUCAUCCUGGGUCUCGUCUUCUUACUCAUCUGGAAGCUGCUGGUCACUAUCCACGACCGGCGAGAAUUCGCCAAGUUCGAGGAAGAACGCGCACGGGCCAAGUGGGACAUGGGACACAACCCUCUUUAUAAAGGUGCUACCUCCACGUUCACGAACAUUACCUAUCGAGGAAAGGACUGAGCACUGCUGGAGCCAUUGGAGAUGAACAUAUUCUUCUUCAUGUCUGUUCGAUCUAUUCCAGUUGUUGUAUUAAUAGAGUUUGAAGGAUGUACAUUUUAGUCUGUAAAUAUAACGGCUGUAUGUAGAGAUAACUAAUCAUUGUGACUCGUGCUAGCAUCUUCCUCGUUCCGUUUCCUGAAUACGGGCCUUAAGUUUGAGAUAAAAGACCGACGGAUGUUUCAAAACUAUUUCUGUUGAAUGUUAACACGCUUACAUCGAAGAAGCAUUUCCGAUGCUUGUACCAUCAGUCUGUCGCAGUUGUCCAGGCUGUGAUGAAAAAAAUGUGUCACAUUUCCCGAGCCGAACACUGCUCUAGCUCAAAACUCAGCGGUACUAUCGACCUGGCCAGGUAUCCAACAGACACAAUUGGCUGUGUCGCAGGGAGGAAAUGCGACCUCACGAUACGGCUCUCUUCGAGAAUCCGGUGCUGACAGGUGAAAAGAAGCAGCCGAUGACAGCUCACGUCUGCAGCCAGCAGGGGGGUGGUGCAAGCGGCAAGGGGAUUGCGGGGAAUUAGAAACAACAAUUAAUUUGGUUUGUAAAUAUAAAUGUAUAUGUGUUCAUUAUUUGUAAUGUUUGUCUAUUAAAGCUUUUUCCAAUUUUA